AUGAAACUGAUCAAGACAACAGCCACGCUUUGCUUUCUGGCACUUGCCACCCUUCCGGCAACGGCUCAAUCAGCGCUCAACGACAUUCUGAACAACGGUGUUCUUAAGGUCGGCACCACCGGCGACUGGAACCCCAUGACGAUGAAGGACGUCGCGAACAACACCUAUACCGGUUAUGACAUCGACGUCAUGACCGAACUGGCAAAGGAUCUCAAUGUCGAGGUCGAGUUCGUUCCGGCGGACUGGAAAACGCUGGUCAGCGGUGUCACCGCAGGCAAAUAUCACCUCACCGGAUCGGCGUCUGUUUCUCCCGCACGGGCGAAGGCGGCCGGAUAUUCCACGUCCUAUUUCUCGCUGGCAACCGUCCCGCUCAUUCUUGAAACGAGUGCGGAAAAGUUCAAGGACUGGGACGAUCUCAACAAGAGCGAUGUAACCGUCGCGGCAACGCUCGGCACCACCCAGGAAAAACAGGUCAAGGACUUCUUCCCCGAUGCGCAGCAUCAGAUCGUCGAAGCGCCGGCGCGUGAUUUUCAGGAAGUGCUGGCGGGACGCGCCGACGCGCAUAUCACGUCCAACGUCGAAGCACUCAAGCUCGUUGAAAAAUACCCGCAAAUGAUGAUCGUGCCGGUGAGCGCACCCAAAGCGCCGACCCCAAUUGCAAUGCUGCUGCCACAGGGCGACCAGGUAUGGAUCAACUAUGUAAACACCUGGAUUGCCCUCAAGGAAGAGCGCGGAUUCUUUGAUGCCCUGGGCAAGAAGUGGCGCCUCAAGGAAUAG